AUGGCAAGGACAGAGAUGGCUAAGGAUUUUCAAAACACUGACAAGGGCCCAUUUAUGAAGAAGUUACCAAAUGGUCAUUUAAACGAACCUCUUGAUCCUCUAGUUGCGUUAGAAUAUGUUUUUAUGAAGCAAAAAUGCUCUCUUCUUGGCCUGGAAUUAAGAAAUGACGAUACGACAGUCAAGCUGCUAUAUUUGGUAGCUAAAGAAGUACUUGACCGAGAAGUCCGUCCCCAUGAAGCAAUUAUUGAUGUGCUAACUGAUGUCUGCGCACAAAAAUGCAAAAGCAGUUCAAAAGAAUUCUGGAAGCAAUCGACGAAGAUGGGCCAUCCUCUGCGCGGGCACACCUGCCUUCACAAAUAUAAACGACAAUGUUCUUCUUCUGAAUCACUCAUGAAGCAGCCUUUAGAUCUACCAGAAGACCCAGAGAAGCGGGAGCAUGACUUAGAUGUGGUAACUGAAUUCGUCACUAAAUACAUGAAAACCCACAAGCGUAUGAACUGGCGAGAGUGCUAUGAUGAAGGACGAGCCAAUGGCUAUUUUAAAAAAUACAAAGACGCAAAUACUUUAAAGGUCACCUAUCAUAUCAAGUCUGUGUUAGCAUCCACUAAGCAAGUAUCACUAGCUACUAAAUUAAGAUCUACAGUGUUUGGUAUUCAUAGUAUCCUAUUUCCUGAUUUGUCUCAUCCCUUGUGGAAAUUAUCUCAGUAA